UCUGUGAAUGGAGACCCACGGAUCAAAUGAGAUCGGAAAGCGUGCUGAAGGAGACAGAAACAGAAACAGAAUGCGUGCAGCGAUCUUCAGGACAUGGGCACAGUCUCAACCCGAGACAGCGACUCCCUUCUCCCUGCCGCCUGCCCCCUGCCCCCUCUACCCCACUGCAGAGCAAACCCCAGGCAAGCUGGGGAGAUGGGAAAUCUCCAGCCCCUGUGCGUUUGAAAAUCUCGCGGAGGACCCAGUUGUACAGCGUGGUGGGCCAGAGAAGUUCAACGUUAAAAAGUCCACGGAGCCCGUCCAGCCCCGAGCCCUCCUCAAGUUCCCAGACAUCUAUGGACCCAGGCCGGCUGUGACAGCCCCGGAGGUCAUCAACUACGCAGACUACACCCUGAGGACCACAGAGGAGCCUGCCGCACCUGUCAGUCCCCAGGCCCUGAACGACAGCCGCCUCAAAAGGCAGGUCACAGAGGAGCUGUUCAUCCUUCCUCAGAAUGCUGUGGUGGAGGAUGUGUGUGUCAUGGAGGCCUGGAACCCAGAGAAGGCCGCCAGUUGGAACCAGGCGCCCAAACUCCACUACCGCGUGGACUAUGACCAGCAGAAGGCAGAACUGUUUGUGACUCGUCUGGAAGCUGUGACCAGCGGCCACGACGGAGGCUGUGACUGCUACAUCCAAGGCAGUGUGGCCAACAGGACCGGCACGGUGGAGGUCCAGACGGCUCUGAAGAAGCGGCAGCUGCACACCACCUGGGAGGAAGGCCUGGUGCUCCCCCUGGCGGAGGAGGAGCUCCCCACGGCCACGCUGCUGCUCACCCUGCGGACGUGCGACCGCUUCUCCCGCCACAGCGUGCUCGGGGAGCUCCGCCUGGGCCUGGACGGGGCGUCUGUGCCUCUGGGGGCCGCCCAGUGGGGUGAGCUGAAGACUUCAGUUAAGGAGCCGUCUGCAGGAACUGGAGAGGUCCUUCUGUCCAUCAGCUACCUCCCGGCAGCCAACCGCCUCCUGGUCGUGCUCAUUAAGGCCAAGAACCUCCACUCUCACCAGUCCAAGGCGCUCCUGGGGAAGGAUGCCUCUGUCAAGGUGACCUUAAAGCACCAGGCGCAGAAGCUGAAGAAGAAGCAGACGAAACGGGCCAAGCACACGAUCAACCCCGUAUGGAAUGAGAUGGUCAUGUUCGAGCUGCCCGAUGAGCUGCUGCAGGCGUCCAGCGUGGAGCUGGAGGUGCUGGGCCAGGAUGACGAGGGGCAGAGCUGUACGCUCGGCCGCUGCAGCCUGGGCCUGCACGCCUCGGGCUCCGAGCGCAGCCACUGGGAGGAGAUGCUCAAAAACCCUCGCCGCCAGAUUGCCAUGUGGCAUCAGCUGCACCCGUAGCCAGCUGCUCGGGCGCCUCCCUCCUCCGGCCCCAGCCCCGCCCCUCCGGCCCUGCUGCCCUCCGCGACGUCCUCUUCGUGCCCCAUCCUCAUUCUGACACCCAGGAGACAGAUGCGUUUGCAAAGGCCAGGCCCCCGUCCCUCUCCUAGUAUACUCUCACUUCUAGAAUAUGAGCAGGGCAGGGCAGUGUGUGGAAACAGGACAUUUGGGUCGCAACGAGGAAUGCAUGUUGCUUCUCUGUGCUGUUGAAGAGACACUUGUCGAAUAGAGCCCAUGUGCACGUGUGACAGGUGGGGUCAGGCCCCAGGCAGGGAAGCUUAAUGUGGGGACAAAUGUAUGCAAAGAAUGUGGCUCUUUAAAAAUAAGCAUUUUCAAAAACUAUGGAGGAAAGAGAGUAUCCCCGAUCAACUCACAGAGUUAGGGAUUGGGAUGGGUGGGACGAAAUCUUAGCCAGCACGACAUCGUACGCCUGAUCCAUGGCAGUCACCCAGUGGUUCUCGAACCUUAAUGUGUGAAGAAUCACCAGCAGAUUCCCCGGCCCCCCCUGUUUACACUCCAGAUCAAUACUCCCAGCCACGACCCAGGCACCUGCAUUUUUACCAAGCCCCAUAUGGUUUUGAUGCAGAGGUUGGAGCACUGCACUGGGAGAAAUCCCUUCUACAACAUUCCAGACAGGUUUUCCCAGUCCUUGUCAGGACUCCCAACAGCCUGGGGCAGCCAGCUCCAAGGCUGGACAUCUCAACUGUCAGUGUGAAAUUUGGGAGGCCUCUCUGGGUUUUUUUUUUUUUUUUAAUUUAAUUAUUUUAAUUCUUAAUAUUUUCAUUUGUGCUCUUCAGAUCCUGUUCUUGGACUGGAUUUUGUGUUUUUUAUUGAAGAACUCUUGUUUUAUCUCAAAAUCAGUUCAUGGUCUACUCGGGGAGAUCAUCCUUAACAAGGCGUAGGUGGGACUCCCCUGUUUGUCGCGAGGCGCUGCUUGUCACACCCACCAGCAUCACCAAAGUGACCCUCUGAGACAGAGCCAUCGUUCUCAGUGUUCCAGCCAUUGCAGGAGGAAUUCAGUGGGGGAGGCACAUACUGAUUUCGUCUAUUUUAUCUGGCUGCGUAGAAGUGGCCGAAGAGGGAACUUAAAAUAGGACAGAAAGUCUUUUGCGAAUGUGUCUCCCUUCCUCGAUUUUCAGGGUCUGCCACUUUCAUCAGUAAGUAAUCAGCAGCUAGGCUUCAAAUUCCUACUUUCUUAUCCCAAAUAGCUGUCCGCACGGUCAAUUAGAUGCUGAGUCUUGCCGCCUGGGUAUAAUAUUUACCCAUGAACCAGGAUUCCCGAGUUCUGUUGUUGGCCAUCUGUAAAAUGGGGCCAAUGCCAUGGCAGCUCUGUCUCUGUGAGUGAUGUGGUCGAUGAAAUAGAGCUCGAACACCAUAGGCGUUCUCCGGCUAAAAAACUGCAGCCACCCGCAGAUCAUCUUUAAGCGGCAAGAGGGCAGCUGAUGGAGACUGGAAGGGGCCAGAACCGUCCCAGGCAGUUCCAGAACUGUGGAUUCUGCAUUUGGGCUCCUUGUUACUGACACCCAAACUCUGGGCUUUCAAAUGUCACCCAGUCCUAUGAUCUACAAGGGAACCCCUGGGUGAGGUGGGUAAGGGCCAUGCUUCAUGCCUGUAACAAGUCAGGCCGUGCUUAGCCUCUCGCUGAGAAUCGGAGCAGGGGCCUCAUCACCUUCAGUCAUGAUUUUCCGUUUCUGUGCAGAAGUAGAAAAGCAUCCAAAGAAACAGAAAAAUGGAAAGUUUUUCAGAUAGUUGGAGAUCUUGCUCAUUAAGGCUGGCCACCUCCUGCCAAGUUUUUGUUUGUUUGUUUUUUUGUUUUUUGGGGUUUUUUUGUAUUUUUGUAUUUUGUAUUUUUCUUUCUUUUCUUUUUUCUUUUUUUUUUUUUUUUUGGCAAAGCAUUUGUUGGUGAUUUCCUAUAACAUGGUUCUGAGACUCCCCUCACACUCCGGCCUUCCGGUUUUGGUCGGAUGGCCACAAGAAAACAAAACAUUUCCUAUGUAGGCUGAUGGGUACUCUCUUCUUGGUAACAUCCACUACUCCAAUGUAGAAAAGUCUGGAUUCUAGACUUAACAUCGGGAAACCCAGGUUCUACUUCCUCAUGAAUCUAUGCACCUGCCUCCCGUUACACGGAAGGAUGUCUGAGGCAGGCCAGGGAGCCUCUGAUGCCAGAAAUGUCAGCUCUGCCUAUGGCCAUUCCAUCACAAGGCUUCCAUUUCUUUGUAUCUCAAGGGUUUCGUUUUCCAGAAUCCAACCUCAAGGUUGUCCCUGAUAGGAGUCAAAUGCCACCACAGACCAUCUCAGUGUUGCCCGUCACCUCACUUGGCAGGCAUGCACAGGAAGGAGGGAAGUCUCACACGGGAUUUAGUCCGUUGUGUUCACGGGCAUGUUCCAAGAACCUAGAAUAAAGCUAGCUCGUGGGCCCUCAAUAAAUAUCUGUUGAAUGAAUUAAUGAAUGAAGGAUGGAAGGGGGGACUAGACAGAAAAAAGACACUGUAAGUGUUCUCAAUGGUGAAAGCAUCAGCCAUCUUGGAACUUUACAUUUUAAAUUGCCCAGAGACAUCAGACAGCCGAAUCAACAAACUUGAGUCAUCUUGGCAUCGGCAAAGCUUGUACCAGACACAUUUGUGACUUACUACCAACUUAGAGUAAUUGAGUCUCUGUGAAAUCAACUGAUCAUGUUUGAAAGGCACGCCUUGUAACUUGGCCAGGGAGUGUUUUCUAAGAAGAGCAUGGAGCCAGGUGAAAAUAAAGGGAGAACCCAUCGUAGACAGGGCUGGGGCCCCCAGGGUGACCUGGUUCUUUCCUAGAUAUGGUGACCGGGAUCGAGAAUGGGGAGUCCAUCCUCAUUAAUCUGUGACUCCACUUCUCACAUCAAAUCGGUGUGCAUUUGCCACGCAUCCCUUGGUUAAGACCUUGCACGUUUUCUGUCCAUUUCACUUUGAGAUAGGACUCUUGGCAUGGGUUGAGUGACCCAGCUCUCCAAAUGACGCUAUGUAGGGAGGGUAAGAUGCAAGGAAGGCUCUCCAGCGGCAGUUCCUUUGGGGUGUGAAGGAGUCUUGAGGGGAGGGAGCUGCAGCCUAAGCCAAAUCGAGGCGAGGAGCCCCAAAAGAGAGACCUAGUCUUUGUGAUUUGUUUCUGCCGCCUGUGUUUCUUGUUGUCAGUGCUAAGUGUGUGUUUGUUUUGCAAUCAUGAACCGAAGCACAAAAAGACGCAUGAGACAUUGUAGUCCUAUGUCUGGUGUCACACUUGGGAGCAAAAACCUUUCAAUGGUAAAUAAAUCAUUUCCA